GACGUACAAUAAGCUUUUCAAUGAUGUCAUAGAAUGCGACGCGACAAUAUAUAAGAACGAAGAGCCGCCCUUCCUUGUCCCUUUCACGUAGAAAGCAUAUUGUAAAACAAACAUAGAAAUUAUGAGUUAUUCCGUUUCAGCUGCUCAAUUAUGGUCACGGAAACUGGCGUUGCAAGCAGAGGACAUCUCCCGUAUUCACAAAGAUCAAAUUACCGGUGUGCUCCAGACGCUUCAGACCAUUCAGUCUCACCAGCAACAGAGUGAUGAAUUUCUACAAUCCUGGAAACAGGAUCAACAACAGAAGGAUCAAACGACACAGAGCUUGAUGAACGAUAUUAAGACACUGAAUGAACAAGUAUCGAAGCUAGUCAACCAGCAAGAAGAAAACAUACAGAAGCUGAACGGGCUGGAACGCGUAAUUAAAGAAUUACAGUCAGAGGUUCGUGAUACCUCUGUUCGUCAAGCGCUUGAAACCCAAAAAUCACUCUUACAAGCCAUGGAUAAUCAAACGAAAACCCUCGCGAAAAGAAUACCACGGGCUUCGACACCCAAACCCGCACCCUCCUCCAAUUAUCUUAACCGGUCCCCAACAAGAAAGACGGCAACACGAACAGCAGACGCAAGCCAACGUACAUCGAGACAGCGCGUUCGAUCUACGACAAAACGACGGAUGAUCGCCAUUGAUUUCCUUGACGAUGAUAAUUAUUAA